AUGACGCUCACGCGCGGUGCGAGGCCCGCGCUGGGAAGCGUGUGCGUGAAGGAGCUGGCCGAGGCAGUGGUCGCUGCCGACGAGGUGGGCCCGCUGCUGGACGUGCUUGACGACGAAGACUCGGGCUGCGGGGUCAGCCCCGUAGACAGCGACGACGGUCGAAGUCCCGAUGCCUACUUUGAGGGCGGCCAAGUGCCGUUCCUGAACCUUGCCAAGGUGGUGAAGCAGUGCGACAAGCUCGGCAGCCCGCUCAAGCUCCGCGGCGUCGUAGCCAUGGGAGACAAGGACGCCAUUCGGGGAUUCACAGACAGCCGUUCGAAGGAGAUUGGACCUGCGCUGCUGGACCUGCUGCCCCGACCGUCCGUGGCGGACAACCUGCGCGAUCUCACGCUGUAUCGAUUUCCGCUGUCGAGCACGUGCUUCGCGGACCUUGUCGACGCGCUGCGCGGCGCCAAACGCCUGGAGCAGCUGCACAUCCUGGACGACGAUGGCGGCAUGGACGCGUCGCCCGACGGCGUUUUGGCGCUCUUCGACGCGAUCUCUGGCAUGGAGGCGAUCCGCGAGCUGACGCUGCCUUUCACGGUCCAGCCGUCGGCGUUUGUCGCGCUGCUCGACAUGCUCGGUGCGCACGAGUCGGUCGUGGAGGUGAUGCUGCGAAUCGAGUCGAAACAUCUGAGCAGGGCUGAUGUCGACGCGCUCGAGCGGAUGCUGCGCACGAACACGGCGCUGCGGACUCUCAUGAUGAGGGACGUCUACGACGAGAGAGACGGACCGAUCGACCAAGAGAAGGAGUGGUAUCUCGGCGACGAGGCCGCAGCCAUUGGUCUUGCGUGGCAGUCGUCCGACGGGUUCACGCUGCUCGGCGAGGCUCUGGGCGCCGGGCUCGCGCGGAACAGCACGUUGCGGGAGCUGCACGUCUACUGCGACCGCGCCCCGUCCGCGGACGGCGUCUCCGCCCUGAUGGACGGCCUGCAGCAGAACACGACGCUCGAGUGCCUGUACCUGCCCUCAGCACGACACAUGCCCGACUUCCCCGGCAAAGUCGCGACGGCCGUGAGGCAGGGGAGCGGUCUGCGGGAGCUGCACGUGCCCACCAUCCAGAACAACGGGGCCGCCUUGUUCGACGCGCUGUCGCUGAGGCCGUGCACGGUGCUGCACAUCGGCCAAAGUCCGUUCCCGCCGCUGGCGCCCGGUGUCGUGGCCGAGCUUGCGAAGGCCCUCGCGGACGGAGCGCUCGGUCGCACGCUGGGGACACUGGAGCUCGCUCACGCGCGGGAGACGCAGGGGUUUGUGGCGCUGGGACGCGCUCUGGAGCACAACCAAGUGCUGCGCAGUCUCCGCGUCCACGACAGCCCAGUAGGCACGGAGGGUGCUGCCGCACUCGGGCGCGCGCUGGCGACGAACCACGCGCUCGAGUCGCUCGAGCUCUGCGGGUGCGACGUCGGCGACGAGGGCGCCGCUGCUCUCGCAGCCGGUCUGAAGCAGAACGCCGUCCUCCGGGAGGUGGAGCUGCGCAGGAACCGCAUCGAGACGCCCGGAGCUCUUGCCUUGGCGCGCUCUCUCCGCGCCCCGUCCCGCGUGCAGCGCAUCAGCCUCGGCGAACAAAGCCGCAAGCGGAGCGGCCAUCGGCAGCGGCUUCGGGGCCUCUUCGACGAGUCCGUGCCGGUCGCUUUCGCGGAUGCGUUUGCGGCGAGCAGCGCGCUGGAGGUUGUCGACCUCGGGCUCUGCAAGCCCGGCUCGGCCGCCCUGGACGGGAUGCACUCGUUGGUCGACGCGGCGAUCGCGUCGGCAAGGUCCCGCCACGUGCCUGGAAGACCCAAGGUGCUGACAGCGCAGCUCACGAUGACGACGUGCUACGAUGAAAUCUGCCACGUGAGAGGCUCGAUGGAGCGGGAGGUUGGGCGCCUCUACGACAAGGUGCGCUGUGCGCAGCGCGCGGGGUGGGGGGACGAUUCCAACGCCGCUUCGAACAGUCUGGUGAGGCGGGUCAAACUUUACGUCGACAGUAUCCGCUAG